AUGUUACAACUUACUACAGAAAGAUGUUCCUUUUUAGCCAGAGUAUUUAAACGAGGUCGUACUCCAAACGAAAUUGCAAGAAAAAUGUUAAUCCAGUGGUUGGAUAGGUUACAGCAAUUUGAAAAGGAACUCGAGGAAUGUAAGGCACAACCCAUCCAUAAAUUUUCCGCAAAUGCACUUAUUAUAUACUGCUUAGUGGAGAGAAAAUUUCGCAUAAAUAUUGCUUUAGCUAAUGUCAUUUUUCUGAAAGCAUGUAUACGUGUUUGUCCAGUAUUGGUUUUGGACUGUCAAGAUUACUAA